CUUCUAUAUAUGCGAGAGAUAUGGCUGUAUUUUUCCCUUAAAAAGUUUCAACAACCUCUCAGUACAUUUAUGGUGGUGCUUUGAUCUAAUGCUCUAAGAGAGAGAGAGAGAGCGAUGGUGCAGUGUCGAGAACCAGUCUGGCCUUAGUAAGUGCUCUUCAAUGCUAUCUCACCUAUAAAUCCCUCUCUUAUUACUCCCCUUUCGUACAAUUCACAGUUCAUUCUCACCCCCCCUUCCCCUCCUACUCCUCUCCUCUCUUAUUCUUUUGUAUGUCCUUUUAUAUCCCUCAUCAUCUCUGCUUUCCCAUCCUGCAACUCCACUUUCCCUACAAUGGUGUCAGGUUAAGAUCAUCAAGAAACCGAACCCGGGUUUCCUCUCAAUGAUCCACCAUCUUUUCCAUUUCGAAAGCUCAGUCUUCUGGGUUUUUCUUCUUUUGGAGUACUUCAGAUUCAGACCCUGCAUUUUCAGGUACUACUCCUCCUGAGAAAGUCGUUUCCAGGGAAAAAAUCUUCCGAGAUAACGGGUUUCCCGGAAUCCCCGUGUAGUUUGGGUUGUUGGGUUGACGAAAAUAGUAUGGAAAUAUCCACUGCUCUUCUGCUUUUAGCGGCUAUCACGGCUUAUCUACUAUGGUUUACAUUCAUCUCACGGUCGUUAAAGGGUCCAUAUGUCUGGCCUCUGUUGGGCAGUCUUCCGGGCUUGAUCGAGAACUGUGACCGGUUGCAUGACUGGAUCUGCGACAACCUCCGCGGGUGUGGCGGCACGUACCAGACCUGCAUCUGCGCCGUUCCUUUCCUGGCUCGAAAGCAAGGUCUCGUGACAGUCACGUGCGACCCCAAGAAUGUGGAGCACAUACUCAAGACCCGCUUUGAUAAUUACCCCAAGGGACCCACGUGGCAAGCUGUGUUUCAUGAUCUUCUCGGAGAUGGCAUCUUCAACUCCGAUGGUGACACGUGGCUAUUUCAGAGGAAGACUGCCGCACUGGAAUUCACCACUAGGACCUUGCGCCAAGCCAUGGCUCGAUGGGUUAGCCGAGCCAUUAAGGAAAGGCUCUGUUCUAUACUUGAGUCGGCUGAGCUCGAAGCCAAGUCGGUUGAUCUCCAGGACUUGUUGCUCCGUCUCACUUUCGACAACAUAUGCGGUUUGGCUUUCGGAAAGGAUCCGAAGACGUGUGCCCUCGGACUCCCCGAAAAUGGCUUCGCACUGGCAUUCGAUCGAGCCACCGAGGCCUCGCUUCAACGGUUUAUUUUGCCCGAGGUACUGUGGAAGUUCAAGAAAUGGCUUGGGCUCGGGAUGGAAGUCAGCUUGAGCCGAAGCCUAGUACAAAUUGAAGAGUAUUUAUCUAGUGUGAUCGAUGCACGUAAGCUCGAGUUGCAAAGUCAGCACAAAGACGGGAACCCACACGAUGAUUUACUCUCAAGGUUCAUGAAGAAAAAAGAAUCCUACACGGACGCAUUCCUCCAACACGUGGCACUCAAUUUCAUCCUAGCUGGACGUGACACGUCAUCAGUAGCUCUGAGUUGGUUCUUUUGGCUGGUGAUCCAAAACCCAAGAGUCGAAGAGAAAAUCUUACGUGAAAUCAUCACCGUUCUGAUCGAGACACGUGGAAACGACGUGUCAAAAUGGUUAGACGAGCCACUAGGGUUUGAAGAAAUUGACCGAUUGACAUACCUAAAAGCCGCGUUAUCAGAAACACUACGGCUUUACCCGUCGGUGCCGCAGGACUCAAAGCACGUCGUCGCAGACGAUGUGUUGCCGGACGGAACGUUUGUUCCGGCGGGUUCGUCCGUGACCUACUCGAUCUACGCAACCGGGAGGAUGAGGUCUACGUGGGGGGAAGACUGCAUGGAGUUUCGUCCAGAAAGGUGGCUGUCCGCAGACGGAAACAAGUUCAUAAUGCACGACUCGUACAGAUUCGUAGCAUUCAACGCAGGCCCCAGAAUAUGUUUAGGGAAGGAUUUAGCAUACUUGCAGAUGAAGUCGGUCGCGGCGUCGGUGUUACUCCGGCACAAGCUGAAGGUGGUUCCCGGCCACAGGGUGGAGCAGAAGAUGUCAUUGACGUUGUUCAUGAAGUAUGGGCUUAAGGUGAACGUGCACCGUAGGGAUUUGGAAGGAAUUGUGGGAAGCUUGAAAAUGGAGACUGUUGCCGUUAAAUGCAACGGCGGUAAUUCUCGUGAGGAAGAUGAUGAUAAACAUGAGGAGGCCGAGGGUGAUCGAUCAUAGUAGCUAGAGUACUGAAAUGAAAGGGUAGUUGGGGUUGAUUAAUGAACUAUUUAAGGAGGGGGUGGAGCCCAUGAGACUUCUGAGCUGCCAGCUAUGAUAUAUUAAAGGGAAACACAUGCAUUAUAUGUGGUUUCGAUUUUACGUGGGUUUGUUUACCACGAAAUUAUAAGGACACCAAAAAAAAAACGUGUUUUUACACACACUGUAAUAUUGUUGAAGAGAGAGAGAGAGAGAUAGAGAGGGAGAGAUGUUUAGUGGCUGCAACCAGCUUUUAUAGCUUGGAGAUCAUCAUCAUCAUCGUCUUCU